GUUGGAUUCUGGGAAACAGGAAGGCUGUCUACCAUGGCGACAGGGACGCUAUGUGUCUUUAUGUGCAGAUCUAUUUUAUUUGUGUUGCUGAAAUCAGGUAUUUACAGUUGUCAGCAAUUCUCCAUUCCCUUUCAGCAACCCUCAGGGUGCAGCAGAGAACAAUAUUUUGACAUUUCAAGUCUCUCCUGCGUGAAGUGCGGACCUAACCAAAUCAAAAACGCAGAUGGGACUUCGUGUAUAUGCGAGACUGGAUUCGUACUGGUAUCUAAUAACGGAGAACCUGCAACCUGCGAAAAAUGUCCUGAUACAAAAAAGGGAGUCACCAGGGAUGGCUUUGGAUGUAUCAGAUGCCCAGGAGGUUUGAAUGACGAUGGAACAUGCCAGUGCUCAGCUGGAAGUAUACUGGUUGAAAGGGAUGUCAACGGAAGGCAGCUGGAAGAAGGGAAGUGUGAGCCCUGUAUUGCUGAAAAACCUGUUUUUACAGUCCCAGAUGUUCCUGGAGACAGGUGUGUCAGAUGUCAAGAAUCCUUUGUCAAUACAUCCCUCUCCUGUGUUUGUGGUCCAUCUGGUACACCAUCAGGAGGUUCAUGCUUCCCAUCAAAUAAUCUGCCAACAACAGUGACUUCCAGCAUUAACUUUGCACAGCUGGCCAUUCCGGUUCAGUCAGUUUGGUUUGCUAAAAAUCUUCUGUCUUCAGCAACUGCGUGUUUGACUCUUUCCAACUUAGCUUCCUGUCAGGCCCUUGGAAACAUGUGCGUGAUGACCAUGAAUUCCAUCAGCAGUGUCAGUAACGAUGCCUGUGGCCUCUUUAAUAAUAUAUUCAGAAGCACUGCAGCUCUUGGAUCUGUACAGGUUAUAUCCUACUGGAGGGCGAAUCUCCCUUGGCUUUACUACGGUGAUCAGCCAGGUUUGGCUUCUCGAGUCCUUUUCUCUGUGUCUUUCCCAGCGAGCUUUAGUUUUAAGGGUGCGGCUCAGAACACAAAGAUCAAAUUUGUUGCUGCUGUCUACAAUGCAAAAGGAAACUUCAUUAAAUGGGAGAACAUUGGAGAGGGCAGUUUGCAGCUCUGUCCAGACACUGCUGUCAGACUGAAUGCUGCAUUUACCUUUGGGACAGCAUACAAACAAAGUUGUAUCCUACCGGUCUCAAAGAUCUUGGCUGAUUUUUCUGAGCCACUGUUUUACGACAUAUACAUGGAUCUCAGUGAUGGUACUGAAAAGAAGAAGCUUUGGGCUGUGCCUGUUCUUAAUCUAAACCUACAGUUCAACGGACAAUUCGUAAACCAAGGAGACAAUCGAAAUAACUGGUAUUUGACACGUCGGAUUUUCUUGGUGGAUACCUUGAGUGGACGUGAAAACACCUUGAUAAAUCAACCAAAAGUAAUUCGUGUUGCAACAAAAAUAAAAAUAAGUUUUCAGGUGGUAUCCAGCACUAAGAAGGGAGAGGUCUAUCCACCCUUGAUCACCAUCGCUUACACAGAUGUUCUUAUUACAGAUCCUGCCACACAGACUGUUUCGCUGUCUUUUGAAUUGGAAUAUAAAAUGGAUCAGAGUGAAGCUCAAGUCAAAAGUAAUAUUGCUCUAGGAGUUCUUGGUGGUCUGGCUGUUUUGUAUUCCCUCUUGAAAACAGCAAGUUGGAAAAGGAGAAUAGCAUCACCGUUAAUUGACUUACUUACUCUGCUAAAAUUUCUUCUCUUUUAUGCUGGAGACCUGUCAAAUGUUUUCUUUGUUGUCACAGUCGGCACUGGUCUGUAUUGGCUUAUUUUCUUUAAGACGGUGGAGGCUCAGCAGUUUGUUUCAGUUGUGUUGCCUCUGCCAGAAGAGGAAGAGCGCUUUGUUACGUAUGUCGGCUGUGCAUUCGCACUGAAGGCAAUCCAAUUUCUGCACAAACUAAUAAACCAGAUAUAUGUAGAUAUCUUCUUCAUUGACUGGGAAAGACCUAGAGGAAAAGUCCUAAAGGCUGCAGAAGGUGAAGGCGAAGCUAAAUCGACAUCUGCUCCUGUGAGCAUCUGGAGAACCUAUUUUGUGGCUAAUGAAUGGAAUGAAAUUCAGACCAUACGGAGAAUCAAUCCUGCUUUUCAGGUUUCUGCUGUGCUUUUCUUUCUUGAGGUUGUUGGCUUCUCCAAUCUGGCUUUAAGAGAUCCUUCGUCGAAUUUCAGCAGAGAUCCUCAAAACUACAGCCCCCCCUGGAGCCUCAUCCUGAGAUAUGGUGUAGCUACAGCCAUGUGGCUGGUGAUUGGCUUUUUACAGAUGGUGUUCUUCACAGUCUUUUAUGAACGAUUUGUAGAAGAUAAAAUAAGGCAAUUUGUAGACCUAUGUUCUAUUAGCAACACCUCUGUCCUGCUGUUGUCGGACCGAUGUUUUGGUUACUAUAUCCAUGGGCGUUCAGUUCAUGGCCAUGCGGACACCAACAUGGAGGAGAUGAAUGCCAAUUUGAAAAGAGAAGCGGAAAAUCUUUGUGGUCAAAGAGGUCUGCUUCCAAACACCGACGUUCAGACCUUUCAGAUUGCCAUAACACAUAAGCUGAGGCAGCAGUAUGAUCGGAUUUUUGAACCCCUGAAAAGGAGAAAUGGACCUUCUCGACUUUUAGAUGCCUCUGCCAAUCCAUUUGAGCAGUGUACUAAGGCCUACCACACCAUGAACCGGUUUCUGGCCUCCUUCAUUGAUCAUGCUCAUCGGGAAAUGGACUACAUUGUGAAGGACAAGUUGCUGCUUGAAAGAAUGAUUGGAAUGGAAUUUGUGGAGCCAGCAGAAAAAAACAUAUUUUACAAUGAUGAUGCCCAUUCGUUCAGCAGUGUCCUAUACUAUGGCAAUGAAGCAACACUUUUGAUCUUCGACACCUUGUUUUUCUGUGUUGUUGACCUGGGAACGCAAGAUUUCGUCUUGGCAGCUGUCUUAACCUACAUACAACAGCUAGUGUUUCAGCUGAUUCGCAAUGCAUUUGGCCGAAAAAAUCUGGCUGCUAAGACUCUGAUUGACAAAAGGUUCCUCAUAUAGCUAAGCUUCAUGAUAUCUAAACUAGUCAGGAGUGAUGAAUCCUGAAAUACAAUUUAAAGUGUAGUGUGAUGAAAGUCAUCAUUGUUUACUUUUUUAUUUUUGAUAUUACAAAAUAUGACACUAUUUUUGGAUGUCAAAUUCAAUUUUGUAUUAAUGUGAAUAGGCUGUUUUUGCAGUAUUGACUUGCUAAUACUUGCUUUUGACUCACAGUGUAUUUCAAAUGUACAUUUUUAGUUUAACAGGAUUUUUUAUUUAUAUUAAA